AAAUUUGUUAUGGUUAAGAUUGGAGCGUGCGGGAUUUUCACAGGCCAAAUGUCCCGAGUUCUCUUGCCGAAGCGUGAUUGGUCUGCGAAGCUUUGAGGCCCAAGAGAUAGAGCAGAAACAGCUUCCACACCAGUUACACACCAGCCAACCCGUCAUCCUUUACCACCUUUUAUCUCGACACCGCCGCUCCUGACAACGACUCAAUCGGCCAGCAACCAUGUCGAGCCUUCUUCUGCGGCCGCAAUUGGCACGUGCAAUUCCUCGCUGCGCCGCCGCCGCUCCUCGCGUCUCGCCGUCCGCUUCGUACGCCGCCGUUCAUGCAGCUUCAGCCCGCCGCUCCGUCUCCACGCAGGCCGACGAGAAGGUAGCCAAGUUCAAGGGAACCAAGGGCAAUGAUGGCAAGUACACCGUGACACUGAUUGAGGGUGACGGUAUCGGUCCGGAGAUCUCGCAAUCCGUCAAGGACAUCUACAGCGCCGCUGGGGUGCCCAUCAAGUGGGAGACCGUGGACGUGACGCCGCGGCUGAAGGACGGCAAGACCGUCAUCCCAGAUGAGGCCAUCGAGAGCGUGACAAGAAACUACGUCGCGCUCAAGGGCCCGCUUGCCACACCCAUUGGCAAGGGCCACGUGAGUUUAAACCUGACGCUUCGACGUACCUUCAACCUAUUUGCGAAUCUGCGGCCCUGCCGAAGCAUUGCGGGAUUCAAGACCCCGUACGACAACGUGGACACGGUCCUGAUCCGUGAGAACACCGAGGGCGAGUACUCCGGCAUCGAGCACGUCGUCGUCGACGGCGUGGUGCAGUCCAUCAAGCUCAUCACCAGAGAAGCUUGCGAGCGCGUGAUCCGCUUCGCUUUCCAGCACGCACGAGAUAUUGGCCGCAAGAAGGUGCGCGCUGUGCACAAGGCCACCAUCAUGAAGAUGUCGGAUGGCCUGUUCCUCAGCGUCGCGAGGGAGAUCGCAAAAGACUACCCGGACAUUGAGUUCGACGCCGAGCUGCUGGACAACACAUGCCUGAAGAUGGUCACGGAUCCGAUCCCUUACAACGACAAGGUGCUCGUCAUGCCAAACCUUUACGGUGACAUCCUGUCCGACAUGUGCGCCGGACUGAUCGGCGGCCUGGGCCUCACGCCGUCCGGUAACAUUGGCGACGAGUGCUCCAUCUUCGAGGCCGUCCACGGCUCCGCGCCUGAUAUCGCCGGAAAGGGUCUUGCCAACCCAACCGCCCUGCUGCUGUCCUCGAUCAUGAUGUUGAGACAUAUGGGCCUGACGGAGCACGCCAACAAGAUCGAGGCUGCCAUCUUCAAGGUGCUGGCCGAGGGCAAGACGAUCACGGGAGACUUGGGCGGUAAGGCCAAGACGGCAGAGUACGCCGAGGCCGUGUGCAAGGCUUUGUAAAGAGCUAUCCGGAUCAAGGGUCGUCGUCAUUUUUGGCAAAGUGUACAUAUAUGUACCAUUAGAGGUAUGAUCAGCGGCAGAAUGCCGUCAAAUGGACGGAUAGGACUGAGGAUAGCGCAGGCUAGGGAGUACUCAUCAUUUAGACGUUACAUGACAUCUCUCUCUCUCAGAAUAUUUUUUUUCCCUCCGAUGUUUUCUUUUCGUCCCCGACGUAAAGCAUGUAGUAGCAAAUGGCAAAGAGAAAAAGCUCUAAAUUA